UAAUUUCCACGCUGAGCUCUGGGUUGUAUGGCCAGUGUUGGUGAGGUUUCAGGUAACACGGAAUUCUCUCUUUGUUGAAGCUCACGGUCCACUAGCGAAGAAAAGCAUCAUUGUUUUAUUGAUAGCGCCAGCACCGCGGCCCCCACCUUCCCUCACGGCGGCCAGGUGUCAGAAAAGGAGGGAAGAAGGCCAGCGGAGAAAGCAGAAUAGUACAAAAGAGAAAGAAAGAAACUAAAAAAAGUAAGAAGGGAAAGCAGUACAUUGAGAAGAACAGACAUACAAGGACAGAAAGAGAGAAGGAGGGCGAGAAGUGAAAAAAAAGACAGAUGACAGAGAUAAAACAGAUGGAGAAAGGAUGGGAGUGGUGAGAAAAAAAAAUAAAUAAAAAAAGAGAUCAGGGUGAGUGGAUAGGAAUUUGAGGCGGUGAUGGAGUCAAGCGGAACCAGAAAGAAUGAGAAGCUGCUGGCUGGAGAAUUACUGAGCUUGUGUCGACACGUAUGAAGUAACUACCUACCCAUCUGCAUGAACACACACUUGCAGACUUUACAAGCGACACACGUCCAUCACCAUCAUUGCCACAGUCCUUUCAUCGACCUGACGUGAAGAGGUACAGGAGGAGGAGGAGGAGGAGGAGGGAAAACAAGGACAAGAACAAGAAUAAGAAUAAGAACAAGAGGAUGCGGAGAGGUGAAGGAGGGAAAAGACGAAAAGGAAAAGAAAAAAGAAAAGAACAGAACAAGAAACAGCAACAACAACAUCAACAACAACAGCAAGCAGCAGCAGCGAGUGGCGUGCAAUCCUUUGUGACGUCACUACCACGGGAGGACGAGGACACGCACGCACAGGACGGUCAGUUUAUAAAGAGGUUGCGUGGUCCCGAGGCGGAUGGCAGUGCGUUGCGAGGGCUUCGAGGGAUGGCAGUGGCGGUGUGGCUGCGGGCUGGUCCGUUGCUGCUCGUGAUACAGAUGGUGUUGCUGCCUGGGAGUGGGGCGCAGGGAGGUGAGGCGGCCAUGGAGGGUCUGCUGAGGACCAUCGUUCAGAAAGGCUUGAACGAUUGCCACUUAGCUGUCGUGGGCUACGGGCCGAGCGUCAUCGCAAGCAUUCUGAGAGGCCUGGAUGGCAGCGGCGCCUCCGUCCUGCCGCGCACCGUGGUGGACGUGGCGGAGUCGUGGCAAGGGCGCGGCGACCUGAUGGAGGGCGUGGUGCAGGGGGACAUGAGGGCAGCGUGCAGGCUGAUGGUGGCACAGGCAAAGGGCAGAGGCAAGGAGGACGUGUUUCGGUUCCUGGAGGUGGCGGGACUGUACGAAUGGGAGAAGACUUUCGUUGUGUUAGUUGGGGAAGAGGAGGAGGGAGAGGAAGAGGACGUGAAAGGAAAUGAUAUAGAAGAGAUUUUGCUUCAUCACACGUUUAGAAACACCCACUUUCUCCUGUACCUUGUGCCUCUACCUUCUAAUUCCCUACGUCCUGUCCAUCAGCUUCACCCUACCACUGAUAGUCCUACUGCUACUACUACCGCGUUUGCUGCUGCUGUGAGGAACAAGAGAAUUAAGUUUAUCGACGCUCUGUCUGCCACCUCCACUGCGGCACAAAAGACGAAUGAAGGCCUGGUCAAGGUGUACACGCGCUGCUUGUACUGUGAUGGCGGAAGUCCUGCUGUGCGUCUUCUAUACACCUGGAGGCAUUCAUCUGCACAACAGCCGACCAACACCACCAUCUUCUUCCCCGGGCCACUGCGGAGCCUUGAGGGUCAUCGGCUGCGUGUGGUGUCCAUGGAGUGGUUUCCUUUUAUCGACUACAAGCGGAGCACUCCGGAGGGCGGCGCCGUGGUCACCCCGCGAGACUCACUUGACUACCGCAUGCUGAAGGAGAUCUCCAAGCGACUCAACUUCACGUACGAGAUGCGCGCUCCUUGGGACAACCAGUGGGGGACGUCGACGGACAGCGGCAACUGGACGGGGGUCGUAGGGACGCUGCAGCACCAGAAGGCAGACUUUUCCAUGAUGCUCUCGUACAUGCCGACGCGCCUGCCUGUCGUCCACUACUCCAGAAUCUACGCCUCGGAGCCACUCGUUAUGGUGACCUCCAAGCCGAGGCCUCUCUCACAGUCCUUUGCUCUCGUGCGGCCUUUCUCCGGGGAGGUGUGGGUGUUGACGCUAGCCUCGGCAAUGGCGGCAGGCGUGGUGUUAUGGGGGCUGCAGCGUGUGUGGGCGUGGGUGGCAGGGCGCGAGAAGCCUGAGCUUGGUCGCGCUAUGAUGACUACGUGGGGCAUCUUGCUGGAGGACCCGCCCGUCAAGCUGCCCGCCAAUCCGACAGGCCAGAUGGUGGUAGGAUGGUGGUGGGUGUACUGCAUGCUGCUCACCAUCGUGUACCGCUCCUCACUCAUCGCUCACCUCACCGUGCCCGGACAGUCUUCCACGUUGGAGAGCCUCGCUGACUUGCUCGAGGCACACCAACGGGAGCGCUGGACGUGGGGAUACGAGCCCACCUACGGCAGCGGAUGGGAGUGGCUCAAGAUUAACGAAAGUCCCAUCGUCAGGACUGUGUUCAAGUCCCUCAUACUGGUGGGCCUGGAUGAGCAGCUGGCGCGGGUGCUGCGUGGUCGCCACGCCUUCAUCACAUGGAAGUACUACAUUCGCUCGGUGGUGGCGGCGCGCUUCAAGGGAGCCUCGCCCCUUCACACGGCGCGGGAGGAACUCUUCAACUAUGGCGGCUACGGCUGGGGGUUCAGGAAGGGCGCGCCAUUCAGGAGUUUGAUGGACGGCAUGAAGAUACGCCUGGUGGAAUCUGGGGUGAUCACCACGUGGCUGGACCAGCUGGUGCUGACACCCCACCCCUCCACACCCGCCACGGCCUCGCCCGACACACAGCAGAACCCGAUCCCACAUGCAGGGCACCCGCACCCAACACCUGCUUGCUUGUCUGUCUAUCUGUCUGUCUGUCUGUCGAAGUGGUCCUCAGUUUUUGGUUUUGUUUCAUUUCAUGUUCAUGUCUGUCUGUCUGUUGGUUUGUUUGUCUGUCUUUCUGUCUGUCAGUCUGUCUGUCUGUCAGUCUGCCUCUCUGUCUGCUUGUCUACCCGCCUGUCUGUCUGUCCGUCGCUAUGUCUGUCUCUGUUGACGUAUUCCUUAAUUUGGUUUUGCUAUAUUUCAUGUUCACGUUUGGUUAUUCGUUGUUUCUUUUUAGUAUCAAAAAAUGCUUGGAACAAAAGCGAGAACAAUAAUACCACUCCGCAGCUAAAUAAUACUCAACACUUACGUAGUUUAUUGCCUGCAGCGUUUGACAAAUCCGUUCAAUGGUUUAUCGGUGAAGUUGAGUAAUAAAUGAACAGCAACACUUGAAACAAAGCCUGAGCUAUAAGCAAUUUGGCAGUGGAAUAUUACUAUAGCAAUAAAUACUACUGGUAAUGAUUAUUGUCGUCAACAUCAUCAUCAUCAUCAUCAUCAUCAUCAUCAUCAUCGUCGUCGUCCUCAUCGUCAUCAUCAACGUCGUUGUCUCCUUCGUCAUCAUCUUAGUAGUAAUGAAUAAUAAUGACAUUGAUAGCAGCAGCAGUAGCAGCAGUAGAAAGUAAAGCCAAGGAACGAAUCAGCAGGCCUAUCGCUCUCUGAUGCAUGAAAUAUAGUAUUUUUUUUCUUUCUUUGUAGAGUUGAAAUCUUUGAAAUAUCGUUACAUUUGUAAGAUUGGCUAUUGCCCAUCUAAUGGUUUCAUCUCCAAAGUCGGCCUUAAUUUUAUGAGAAAGUGAGGCAGGCAGAAGACAGACAGACCAAGCGCUCUUAGUAAUAUACGUACGUUCAUUAUCACUAACACCAACAACAAUACCAUUAAUGAUGAUGAUGAU